GUCCAGUGUGUCGCUCUUCAAAUUGAAAUGCCAUUUUUUCGUUGAUAAUUCUUUCUUCAUUUUUUUUGUGUAUUUUGUUUGCCUCAGCAAUGAAGUAGCCUUGAUAACCGAACUACCGCGUGAUAAACAUCAGCAGAAGAACUCGGGACAAUCCGACUAUGGCCAACAAUCUACACAGAGACCCAGUUGACACAGGAAGACCGUGGUUAGCUUACUUAGUCUCGACGAGCUGCACUCGCUCUCUCUCUCUCUCUCUCUCUAUCCAUCCAUCUACACAUACACGUAACCAUGGGACGCCGCAAGAUCUAGUCGUUGCUUCUUCAUCGUAAACAGAGCCGCUGCUGCUGCUGCCGCUGCGUUGUCUCACAUCCUUCGGGAUACUCAAGAAGAAGCCAGUCGGCACGAGAGAACUUCGCACCUGACGGAGGCGGCGCAGAAGGUGUAAAUCCGCAGGGCGGCUUACAGCUAGUAGAGCUUUCCUUAUCGAGAGUGGUAAGAAAGCUCCCAGCUAAACUACGGACUGCUGCCAAGAAGACGCACCGUCGGAAACUUGGCACCGCUGCAACACCCGUCCCAAGGGCUGGGAAGUGGCAACAACGUUUCUGGGGCAUCCAAUUCGACACAGGAACUGGCUCCCCCCGUCCGCCUUCGACGCAAUUCCCAGGCAAAGGAACCUUCGAAGCUGAAUCAACAGUGACAAAACUGCAUUACCUGAGGAAAGUCCGCAUCCAAGAUACAGAGAGAGAGAAAAAAGAAAGAAACCUUCAUGAAAAAGAACAAGGAAACUAAUGCGGUUUGCUUAAGAAGACUAGAGAAACUAAAACGAAAAGAAUUUAAUAAACUUACUUCUUAGUCUAAAGUUCAAUUCUUACAUGUAUAUACAAGAAGUGUUUUGACGUAACUUAAGUCAUACGUGACAGUUCAUUCUAUUUUAUUUACGACCAGACGAAUGUUUCUGUGAUAUCUCAGCGGGCAUAAGUUUAGCAGUGGACCUCUUCGCAAAAUAAUUCUCCAAAAAUGUUGAGUGUGGCUGGAACUAAGGCCGUUGCCCUAGUGACAAUGGCCUUAAUAACCCUGAUAUUCUCCAUGUUACCCUUGUAUGUACGGAACCUCCUCAAAGGACGACUUGAGGGCAAGAAAGCACAGACUGCCCUUAGUGCUUGCUUAUGCUUUGGUGGAGGAGUUCUACUGGCCACUGUCUUUCUGCACCUCAUACCUGAAGCUCGCCUGUUAACGCAGCGUGCUUUGGACAACCAUUUCCUACCGCACACUAACUACCCCAUCGCAGAACUCAUCAUCUGUGGGGGAUUUUUCAUCAUUUACAUCAUCGAACACGUUGUUCACACUUGCAGCGCGCACAACCAUCACUCACCCAAGAAAGAUGAGGGCAAAGAAAUGAGCAGUCCCGACGUCAUUGAAAAUGAGCACGUUCCACUCAAGCCAGUUACGACCAAAGACUCCAAUAAGGAUGAUGUUCAAAACAAGAAGAGUCAACAGAACAUCAUGGACCACAGCGAUGCCGAACACGGGUCAAAUGAUGCUCCAGUCACCCAGCAGGAGGAAAAGUCAUCAGGCUCCACUGAAGGGCUACCAACACUCAAAGCCAUGAUAUUCGUUGUGGCCUUCUCGUUUCACAGCAUCAUGGAAGGCCUGGCUCUUGGCCUCGUUAACUCUAGUAGAGACGUGUGGUUCCUGUUCGCUGCCCUUCUAGCGCAUAAAAUCGUCAUUGCUUUCUGCAUGGCUAUGGAACUACUUGAAGUAGGAGUCACCCUAAUAGGAUUUUUGGCUUCCAUGAUCAUAUUCUCUCUGGCUUCUCCCAUAGGAGGUCUCCUCGGUACGCUCAUCGUUUCGUUUGCCACAGACGACUCCCCGGCAGGCUUCGUGACAACCACCAUCCUCCAGGGCAUUUCAGCUGGCACCAUCCUUUAUGUGACGUUCUGCGAGGUGCUCGAAAGAGAGCGCAGCAAGAAAGACGGCGGGACAGUACGCACCGUUUCCUUGGUCUUUGGUUUCUGUGCCAUGGCUGUACUCCAGAUAUUUGAUGAUGAAACUAUCAUCCAGCAGCAGGACCAAAUUUCCCAUCAUAACAUCACAGAUACCCAAGUAUUCUCAAAUGGCGAUAUCUUGUGAUUAGUUCUUUUUUCAAUUUCUUUUGAUAAUCUUUUGUAGAGUGAAUACCUCUUUGUUGAAGAGACAAUUUGAUAGUUUUAUAUAUGUACAUUCUGAGGAUUAUAUACUACAUUUGUAAUUGUAAAGAGUUUUGGAUUAUUCACGUGAUAAUAUUUUUCACCUGGGAUUUUUUUUGUAUGGUGUUUUUACGUUACAUGGAACCAGUAUGGUUAUUCAGCAACGGGACCAACGGCUCUACGUGACUUACGAACCACGUCGAGAGUGAACUUUUCACCUGUUGUCCUUGCCGGAGUGGUCAUAUCGGGUAGACUUGAUUAAAGUAAAAAAAGUCAUUCUUACCCAAUUUACCUCGUUUUAUCACAUGGCAGAUAUCAUCAGAGGUGUGUUUUACUGCCACCUGUAUAUAUAAACCACAGAUUAUCUCAUCGGAGAUAUUAUUUAGACCAACCUCAACCUUUCUAUCUGUUGCAAGAAGUUAUGUCAAAAUUACAUCUUCAAUAAAUAGAGCAGAUUUAAAUCUA